AUGCCUCUCACCAACAUCGCUGCAAACCGGAACCAUCUCAUCGACCCGUUUGUCUCUGUUCGACAUAGCAUCACCACCGUCAUGCUUUUCCCACCACCAUCUCCCUUCACUGUCGUGCUUCCAUUAGCCAAACUCAUCCAUCUCUCCGAUGUCUUUCCCGGAGGUGAUUUGCAACAGUGCAAUCUCCAAGCUCUGCUCAACCUAUGGGCUUGGUCCAUCAUUUCCCGCUCAAGCUUCACCGUUUUCAUGUGUUUGUGUAGCGGACACGUUCUCAUGCGAUUCAUUGUCACAUUUACCGGAUCAUCAUCUGCCGGGUUAUCAUCAGAUUUUGCGGACCUGGUUUCAAGAGUACAGCCAACUUACCGCCAUAUCUCUAAACUUACAUCAACAGUUCUCGAGUACUGCCAACCUACCGGCGCCUCUCUGAACUCGCAUCUCUUCUUAAUGGAGAUUGAUUCUAAACGCUCAAUAGUAUUAACGACGUCACGAGCUAUUCCUCUUGUUCACUUGUUUUCAACAGUACAAGAACUCCGGAUUGUUUUCAAAACGAUCUUAGAAGCUAUUUUGAAGAAACUUCCAGUUUUCAUCUUUGAUUUAAACUGUCUAACAUAUCCUGUUAUUGCUUUGUAUUUCAUUUAUGCAUCAAGCUGCUUCUACUCCUUAGCAAAGAGGUCUCAACUUUCUAUUGUAAUCGGCCUUUAA